AUGUCUAUGCGGGUUGCCUUUACUGUUUGGGUGGCAAUUGCAACCCUGGUUUCCGGCUACCAGUCUGACGGUGAAGACGAACAUGUUGAAUCGCGAGGAUACAUUAUAGAAUUCUCCCAGAGCAACGGCCUCAACGCCAGGGACGAGAUUUUAUCCUCACUCCCGGACCUGAACAUCACAAAGACGUUCGAGUCGCCAGUCUUUACCGGAGCCAGCGUCAAAACCACUCUGCAGGACAUUGACGCCCUACGCCUGAGGGCCGGAAUCGCAAAUGUCUGGUACAACGAGGAGGUGCACCUCCUGGCGCCCGUGGUCGCGCCGCGCCAGGCCGGCAACGAGACGGCCCACGCCGUGCACUGGGCCACCGGGGUAGACCAGCUGCACGCCCAGGGCGUCUUUGGGGACGGCGUCAAGGUCGGGGUGGUCGACACGGGCGUUCAGUACACGCACGCGGCGCUGGGCGGCGGCAUCGGCCCCGGGUUCAAGGUGGCAGGGGGGUGGGAUUUUGUCGGCGACAGUGGGUGGCCGGCUGCGGGAGCCCCCAAGGUCCCGGACGCCGACCCGAUGGACUACCAGGGCCACGGCACACACGUCGCCGGCAUCCUCCUGGGCGAAGCGGCGUCGGGGUGGAUGGGCGUGGCGCCGCGGGCGACGAUGCACUCGUACAAGGUGUUUGGACGCACCAGCGGCUCGACCACCACCGAGACCAUCAUGGAAGCCUUCCUCAGGGCCUACGAGGACGGCAUGGACGUCAUCACGGCCAGCAUCGGGGGCCGCGGAGGGUUUUCCGAGAACGCGUGGGCGGUGGUGGCGAACCGGAUCGCGGAGGAGGGCGUCGUGGUGACGAUCGGGGCGGGAAACAGCGGGGAGGGCGGGCCGUACUACGCCAGCAGCGGCAGCUCGGGCGAGUACGUGCUGGCGGUCGCGUCGGCCGAGGUGAAGAAGGGCACGGCGGCGGGCGACAAGAUCCAGCCGAGCUACUUUACCAGCUGGGGCGGCCUGUACGACCUCUCGGUCAAGCCCGACAUCACCGCGCCCGGGACGGACAUCUACAGCACCUACAUUGGCGAGGGCGACAACGUCUUUUCCCUGCUGAGCGGGACCUCGAUGGCGACCCCGUACAUUGCCGGCGUUGCAGCGCUCUACAUCAGCGCCAACGGCGGGAGGAGCACGCGCGGAAAGGGCUUCGCCAAGGAGCUCGCCAUGAGCAUCAUGGCCACCGGCAGCCCGCUCCCCUGGCUGCGCUACUCGGACCGAACCGCCGUCCCCUCCUUCGUCGCUCCGGUGCACCAGGUCGGAGGAGGCCUGGUGAACGCCACGGCUGCCGUCAGGUCGACCAUGCAGUUGGAGCUGCAGCGCUUUGGGCUGAACGACACGCUUCACUUCCGGGGCAGCCAGGUUGUGAAGCUCACCAACACAGGAGCAACCGCCGCGUCCUACACGUUUGACCAUGAAGACUGGGCAGGGUUCGAGAUGCUGCUGGUCAACGACGCCGACACGGCUGAGACCCCGAGGAUCAGAUCCGGGCGUGAGAUGGAGCCCAUGAAACUAUCGCCCAGUGUUCAGGUCCCCGGGGCGGUUGAGCUGCAGCCCGGCCAGAGCACCAACGUUGAGUUCGCCUUUGCCCUUCCGCCCGUCGCCAACGAGGCGAACCUGCCCGUGUACAGCGGGAGGGUGAUCGUCAGGUCGGGUGGCCAAUCCGCGGCCGUCGUGUAUCAAGGGUUGGCAUUUGACCUGCGAGAGCAGAUGCGGAACCCCUACGCGGGGACGUAUCCAUGGCUGAGGUCGACCCUGUCCAACACCAACAAGACCACAUUCUCAUUCGACCUCAGCGCCGCGGCGCAGGACUUUCCCAAGGUGUUUAUGAAGCUCAAAUGGGGCACCAGGGAAGUGCGCUGGGAUCUCUACAACACCGAGUUUGAAGAGGCGCGCGACUGGCAGUAUCCCCCCGUGGCCGGGCAGAACGGCUACAUCGGCUCCGUCGCGCCGUGGGCCAGCUCGGGCAGCGUCUCCAGCUUCAAGCCGGGCGUCCACGACGCCAAUGCGACCUUUGACCUGCCGGUUGUCAACGAGGCCAGGAACGCUCUGACGAGCGGCGGGUUCACCACCAGCUACUGGUGGUUUGGGAAGCUGGCCAACGGGAGCUACAUCGUCCCGGGGAACUACACGUAA